AUGCCCAGGACGACGACGACGGAGGAAGGCGCGGAGAGAAGUGGAACAUCACGACCGCUGAUGUACACGGAGGAGCUGGUACCCAAAUUCAGUGGGCAGGACCAGACUGACUCAGCAGCACGGUGGGCGCAAGAAGUCGAAGACAACGCCGAGAUCUUCGGGUGGACAGAGUUGCAGCGGCUGAUCGUAGGGCGGAGGUCACUGACGGGUACAGCGGCGCUCUGGCUGCGGUCGGAGAGGCCAUUCAAGACGUGGGAGGCUCUAAAAACGGCGAUCACAGAGGAGUUCCCAGAUGCCGUAGACUCUAAGACCAUACACGAGAUGAUGAGCAGCAGAAAGAAGAAGCCUGAUGAAAGUUGCUUGGAAUAUUUUUAUAUUAUGAAAGAGUUGAGUAAACGAGGGAAGAUAGAUGAUUAUGUUGCCAUCAAAUAUAUAAUGGACGGUAUAGUGGACCAUGAGCUAAACAAAGUGAUGUUAUACAGUGCCACAACAUAUUCAGAGUUGAAAGAGCAACUAAGAAUUUAUGAAAUUGUGAAGGAAAAGACGAAGGGCAAGAGUCAGGAGAGACAAUAUUAUACGACGAUGAGUGCAUCGACGGCGCACGCUAAAGCGGCGUCGCCGGGUGGUCGUUCGGACCGGUCGCGCGGCCCCGACGAGGUGCCCGCGUCGCCCGGCAUGAUGAACGCCACGCAGCUGGCUAGGCGACUGCGGAUGGAGAAUGAGCGGUUGCAGGCGGAGCUAACAAGAGUGCGUCGGCUGCUGGUGUCGGCAGCGGAGCGGGGGGAGGCGGGCAGCGCGCUACUGCAGCGGGCGCGGGCGGAGGGGGCGCGGGGCGAAGGGACGCGGGCGGAGGGGUCGGACGCGCCGGCGCCGGACCCCGAGCAGUUGGAGAAGGAACUGCUGCUGGCCAGGGAGGCUGUCAAUUCUCUGAAAGCGGAUAAAAAAAGAUUGAAAGCUGAGAAAUUCGACUUGUUGAACCAAAUGAAGCAACUCUACGCCACCCUCGAAGAUAAGGAGAAAGAGCUACGGGACUUUAUCAGAAAUUACGAACAGAUGCGCUCGCGAGGCGGCGCGUCGUCCGCCCUGGGCGCCGAGCGGGCCGAGCGAGAGCGCGAGCGCGCGGCGCUGCUCCGCCACGCGCGCGACGAGGCCGAACGCUCGCUGCAGCUGGCUGCGGCUCUGUCAGCAAGGGACACGCAACUGAGGCAUGCCAGGGAACAGCUUUUUGAGGCUCGCAGACAGUUGCAAGCGGCUGGUUGCCUGUCGGAAGGGGAGAGCGUGGCAUCGCUCGGGCUCGGCCCGCCCAUGAUGCUGGGCCCGUCCGGCCUGAUCGGCGACCGCGGCAGCUGCAGUGCUGACAGCGGUGUCAGAGUGACGGGCAGCAGCGACGGUGGCGCCACGUCGGUGUGCGGCGGCAACCUGUCGGACUCCACGGCGGAGGGCGCGCCGCCCAACCUCGACCCCUACGACACUGACGCCGUGUCACUCGUAUCCUCCGCGCAUCACAUCUACCAGUUGAACACGCCCCGCGACUGCAGCCCGACUCUGUCGCCGCACAACAGCGGCUCUCCCUUCAGCCGCUCCAUCGACGCCGGCGCGCUCUCCAGGUCAGUGGAGCAGCUAUCCAGCCCUGGCGAGUGCGAGUCGCCCCUGGCGGUGGGGCUGCGGGCGCGGCCGGGCAGCAAGGGGGCGCGCGGCCGCGGCUCCGCCUGGGGCUCCAUCUCGCGAGUGUUCGCCCGCAGCCGACACCGCACCAAGAGCGGGAGUGCGGCGAUUAGUGGACAUGAGAGCGAGCCAGUAUAUGCGAGCGCCACAGGCCCGGGGGUGCCGCGCGCGUGGUCCCCUCUGGGCAGCGAGGCGGCGCUACGUGAGGCCAUCUCUCUGCCGCUAGCCCGGUGGCGAGCCCCCGCCAUCAUCGCCUGGCUCGAACUCGCACUAGGCAUGCCGCAGUACGCCGCCGCCGUCGCCGAUAAUGUUAAAAGCGGGAAGAUCCGUGCUUUGAAUGGGCAGGUCCUGCUAGAACUGACGGAUGCAGACCUGGAGGUAGGCCUCGGCGUGACGCAGCCGAUGCACCGGAAGAAGCUCCGACUGGCCAUAGAGGAGCGGAGGAGGCCAGACUUAGUCAGGAACCCCAGCAUCGGACAGCUGACACACGCGUGGGUAGCGGCUGAAUGGCUCCCGGAUUUGGGGCUUUCGCAGUACGCAGAAUCAUUCCUGGGUAACCUGGUGGACGCGCGCAUGCUGGACACGAUCAGCAAGAAGGAGCUGGAGAAGUACCUCGGCGUCACCAGGAAGUUCCACCAGGCGUCCAUCGUGCACGGCAUCCAUCUGCUGCGCAUCAUGAAGUAUGAUCGACAGGCUUUGGCGGUGAGACGGCAUCAAUGCGAGAAUGUGGACGCGGACCCGCUGGUGUGGACCAACCAGAGGUUUAUACGGUGGGCGCACAACAUCGACUUAGGAGAAUUCGCUGACAACCUGAAAGACAGCGGCGUCCACGGCGGGCUCGUGGUCCUGGAGCCGUCGUUCACGGGCGAGACCAUGGCCACGGCGCUCGGCAUCCCGCCCUCCAAGAGCAUCAUACGACGCCAUCUUGUCGCAGAGUUCGAUGCCCUCGUCAUACCCGCCAGGAACAUGUUCGGACACCAGAUCAGGAUGCUCGGGAGACCGUUCUCCAGGUCGGUGGCCACGGGCCUGCCCGGGAUAGACCUGAGCGGGGACUCCCGCAGACACAGCUUGCGAGGCUCCAUAUCGCGCGCGCUCGGCGUCCUGAAGCCGAAGCACGACCGCCCCUCCCCCUCCAGCUCCAGCGAGAGUUCCUCGGUCCUCAGCCUCAGCGGGCCCUACCAGAUGUCCUACUCACCCCCCAUAGGGAUGCGCACUCUGUCCCAGCUCAGCAUGGCCUACGCGCCGCCCCCGACGCUCCAGGAGUAUGAGCCGAUCUACACGCCGUUGAGUCUUUACUCGCAGUCCAGUGUGUCUACGCGGGACAGUCUGCAGCGGCUCAAUGAGGCCAAGGCGGAUAAUGUCAGCAUCACGCCCAGAACAUACGGUCACAGGGCGGACCACGCACACAGGGUGAGCUCCCCACUGCCGGCCAAGUCUGCCGACGACUCGGUGGUGAAGCAGCGCCGCCACCGCCGCGUCAAGAGUAUCGGAGACAUCAACGCCUGCACCAAGGGAUCUGUGUAG